CAGAGGAAAAAUGGAGCAGCAGGCAAUUCAGCUGGACCGAGAAACUUUCUCCUGUCCGAUCUGCCUGGAUCUACUGAAGGAUCCAGUGGCUAUUCCCUGUGGACACAGCUACUGUAUGAACUGUAUUAAAGAUCACUGGGAUGGAGAGGAUCAGAAAGGAAUCCACAGCUGUCCUCAGUGCAGAAAAGCCUUUACACAGAGGCCUGACCUGGAGAAAAACACAGUGUUAGCAGCUUUAGUGGAGCAGCUGAAGAAGACUGGACUCCUGGAUGCUACUGCUGAUCUACAUUCUGCUGGACCUGAAGAUGUGGCCUGUGAUUUCUGCACUGGAAGAAAACUGAAGGCCAUCAAGUCCUGUUUAGUCUGUCUGGCCUCUUUCUGUGAGAAACACCUUCAGCCUCAUCAUAAUGUGGCUCCUUUAAAGAAACACAAGCUGGUGGAGCCGUCCAAGAACCUCCAGGWGAACAUCUGCUCUAMGCAUGAUGAGGUGAUGAAGAUGUUCUGCCGCACUGAUCAGAAGUCUAUCUGUAGUCUCUGUUUAUUAGAUGACCAUAAAGGCCAUGACACAGUGUCAGCUGCAGCAGAAAGGACUGAGAGGCAGAGAGAGCUGGAGGAGAGACGAGGAAACAUCCAGCAGAGAAUCCAGGACAGAGAG